GCCCCCAAGAGCCUUUGGUUGCUGGAAGGAAGACAGGAUGGAUCCCUUAAAAUGCCUUCUCCAUGUGGCUGUAAUGGGUGCUCUUCUGGCUCUGGGAGCCACAGAAGGAUCCGUAGACCAGGACUGGCUUGGUGUCCCGAGGCAGUUCAGAACUAAAGCCUGGAACAGGCAGCUCUAUCCUGAGUGGACAGAAAACCAGGGGCCUGACUGCUGGAGAGGUGGCCCAGUGUCCUUGAAGGUCAGGAAUGAUGGGCCUACCCUGGUUGGGGCAAAUGUCUCCUUCUCUAUUACCCUGCACUUCCCUGAAAGCCAAAAGGUGCUGCCAGAUGGGCAGGUCAUCUGGGCCAAUGACACCACUGUCAACGGGAGCCAGGUGUGGGGAGGACAGCCCGUGUAUCCCCAGGAACCUGAUGAUACCUGCAUCUUCCCUGAUGGGGAGGCCUGCCCAUCUGGCCCUUGGUCUCAGAGGAGAAGAUUUGUUUAUGUCUGGAAGACCUGGGGCCAAUACUGGCAAGUUCUAGGGGGCCCGGUGUCUGGGCUGAGCAUUGGAACAGGCACAGCAGUACUGGGCACACACACCAUGGAAGUAACUGUCUACCGUCGCCAGGGGUCUGAGAGCUACAUGCCCAUCGGUCACUCCAGCUUAGCCUUCACCAUUACUGACCAGGUGCCCUUCUCUGUGAGCGUAUCCCAGCUGCAGGCCUUGGAUGGAGAGAACAAGCACUUCCUGAGAAACCAACCUCUCAUCUUUGCACUCCAGCUCCAUGACCCCAGUGGCUAUUUGUCUGGGGCUGACCUUUCCUACACCUGGGACUUUGGAGACAGUACUGGGACCUUGAUCUCUCGGGCACUUGUAGUCACUCACACUUACCUAGAGUCUGGUACAGUCACUCCCCGGGUGGUGCUUCAGGCUGCCAUUCCUCUCACCUCCUGUGGCUCCUCUCCAGUUCCAGGCACCACAGAUGGGCUUGUGCCAACUGAAGAGGCCCCUGGCACCACAGCUGGGCUAGUGCCUACAGCAGAAGUUGUAGGUACUACACCCAGUCAGGUUCAAACUGCAGAGUCCUCUGGAACCACAGCUGUGCAGGUGCCAACCACAGAGGUCAUAGGUACUACACCUGUGCAAGUGCCAACUGCAGAGGGCAUAGUUACCACACUUGCAGAGAUGCCAACUACAGAGACUAUAGGUUCGACCCCUGAAGUGUCAACUGCAGAGCCCUCUGAAACCACAGUUGUUCAGGUAACAACUACAGAGUUGGUGGAGACCACAGCAGGAGAGGAACCCACACCUGGGCCUGAGGGUCCAGAUGCCAGCCCGUUCAUGCCUACAGAAGGUAUGACAGGCUCCCAGAGCCCCCUGCUGGAUGAUACAGCCACCUUAAUCCUGGUGAAGAGACAAGCCCCCUUGGAUUGUGUUCUGUAUCGAUAUGGCUCCUUUUCCCUCACAAUGGACAUUGUCCAGGGUAUUGAGAGUGCUGAGAUCCUGCAGGCUGUGCCAUCCAGUGAAGGGGAUGCAUUUGAGCUGACUGUGUCUUGUCAAGGCGGGCUGCCCGAGGAAGCCUGUAUGGACAUCUCAUCGCCAGGGUGCCAGCCCCCUACCCAGCGGCUGUGUCAGCCUGUGCCACCUAGCCCAGCUUGCCAGCUGGUUCUGCACCAGGCACUGAAGGGAGGCUCAGGGACUUACUGCCUCAAUGUGUCUUUGGCUGAUGCAAACAGCCUGGCAAUGGUCAGCACCCAGCUUGUCAUGCCUGGUCAAGAAGCAGACCUUGGGCAGGCUCCCCUGUUCAUGGGCAUUUUGCUGGUAUUGAUGGCUAUGGUGCUUGCAUCCCUGGUAUACAGGCGCAGACUUAUGAAGCGGGGCUCUGCUGUCUCCCUUCCCCAGCUGCCACACGGUAGCACCCACUGGCUGCGUUUGCCCCGGGUCUUCCGCUCUUGCUCCAUUGGUGAGAGCAGGCCCCUCCUCAGCGGGCAGCAGGUCUGAGUACUCACAUGUGAUGCCAUGAUUUACCCAGGGUGGACAGCAAUGCCUAUCUUUUCUCCAGCCUCCACUUGGAAACUGCCAUUACAUGAAAUAAAUACUUAGAACCUGA